AUGAAGAUCCUCAGCCUAAACUUCCUGACUUGCGCGGUCAAGGCCUGCAAGUCCUCGGCGGCCUCGUUCCCCCUCCACCCCAAGGACGCGGAGCUGGCGCAGGACGAUAUCGAGGUCAACCCCCAGCUUCUGCUCAACGUCCUGCCCCGCUUAGACUGGACCGCCCUGCGAACGAACGCGACCGAGACAAGGAGCCCGUUGUUUCAGGCCAUGAACGGUGCUGACAUAUUCACCAAGUUGGGCUUCCCUGAACUCCCCUCCGAGGCCCCCUCGGCGGAGCAGCUCGAGGGCGACGACAAGAUGCUCAAGGAUCUGCACCACCUGCUCAUGGAGACGCAGAUCAUGGAGGGCAAGCUCGUCUGCGGCAACUGCGGGCACGAGUACGCCAUCCGCGAGGGCAUCGCCAACUUUCUCCUGCCGAGCCACCUGGUCUAG